AUGCCUAAAGUGCAAAAGCCAAACGGUGAUGCAGUGUUGCCCCGAAAACUGCGUAGUUGUGUAGACACCAUUCACACAACACUUGACGGUGGACCUGAUGUUUUUUUAGCCUCGCGGCAGACUAGUGAGGAGACGUCACGGCAGUGCCUUGCCUCUCUAUACCUCCUAGCUUCUUCACUUCACACACCACAGCUGCCGUACUACAGCAAAUCACUGGAGACAAGUAGAAAGCGACACGUUACGGUUGAGCAAAUAUGGGGUCAGAUGAACAUGUUGCUCCGUCCGGUGUUACGCCGCUUACAGGAUAAUGUACGUCUUGCGCAGAAGAAGUUUAAUGGAACCGCAGCACAACAGCGAGAGGGUACCACACUGGAAAAGAAGCAGCAAGAAAGCAAAAAGCGAUCACGAGAUGAGGAUCUCGAAGGUGAUGAAAAAGAUGUGCUAUCAACAAAAACCUCAGAACUCAGCGAGGGUGAUUUGGAUGAAGAAAUUGCGCAGCUCCUGGAAGAACAGCAAAGACGACGUGAACAGAAAAAAUCAGGUAAAAAGGAUGCUAACGGUGACAAUUCAUGGCGUUAUGCAUUUGGAAAGGGUAAUGAAGAUGAGGAUGAUGAGGCAGAGUUGGAUGGUAAGAGUGGUGAGGAUGAGAUGGAAGAUGAUGUUGAUGAUGAUAAUGAUGAUGAUGGUGAAGCGCGUAUCCGCCGUAGGCACGCACGUGCGAUGGCAUCCAUGGAAGAGGAUGAGGAUGAGGAUGAGGACAAGCGCGGUGAUGAGGAACUUGAAGCAUUAAAGGAAAUGUACGGCGAAGACUUUGAACCGGGCGAUGAGGAUGAAGAUGAGGGCGUCAAUGGCUCAGACGAAGACCCACAACUUGAGGAGGAUCUCGCCUGGGAUGACCCGAGUGCCACCUUUGAUGAACGCGAUGGCCAGUAUUGGGGAACGGACGACAUGCUUGCGGACCACGACACCACCGAGGACUACCCGCACGCCGGCACGAAGGCCAUUGCGAAUGCCACUGGUGAUGCUGCGGUGGAUGAGGAGGAGGCGGCGGCGCUGAAUGACCCGAACUUGACCGAGUUGGAGCGGGAGCGUCUGCGCGAGCGGCUCCUGGUGUCGCGCCUGGAGCAGCAGCGGCUGUACAGCACGGAGUGGACGAUGGGCGGCGAGGUGAGCGGGCGGGAGCGGCCACGCGAUGCGCUGCUGGACGCCCCGCUGGACUUUGAACACGCCAUGAAGGCCGUGCCGGUCAUCACGGAGGCAGUGACGGCCAAACUCGAGGACCGCAUCCGCCGCCGCGUACUCGACGGCAACUACGACGACGUGCAGCGGCGAAGCGCCUUGUCAGCACCGGCAGAUUUGACAAGCGCCGCACGCCGCGAUAACAACGCCGACUCUGAAAAGUCACGACUCUCACUUAUGGAUUUAUAUGAGAAGGAAUACCUCGCUCGGGUACGAGCCGCUGAGGAGGCAGACAGCAGUGCUAACAAUAACGCAUCAGCAGAACCAUUGACAGAGAUUGAAAAGGAUGAACUGCGGGCAAUUCACAUGUGGAAACGCCUCGCACAACACCUUGAUGCCCUCAGCAACUUCCACUACACACCAAAACCGGUACAGGAGGAUCUCUCAGCUCGUGUGCGGGCAGUUGAGGGACAUGCUCCUGCCAUUACUGUUGAGACAGUGGGUAACUUCGCCACUACGCGGGAGAUGGCACUCGCCCCACAAGACUUAUACCGCGGUUCUAACCGUAAAUACGCCGAUGUCGGCUCCAAUGAGUUGCUUCCUCGGGAGCGACGGGCAUUACGGCACGCUAAGAAGGAACAGGUGGGUGCAGCACGUGAUCGUAGGGAGAAACGCGUGGAGAAGGCUAAAAAGAUGAAGCAGCAACAGAAGGAGCAACAAAAUAGUCUGACGGCGUGA